CGCUACUGAAUUCAGUUGAUAUCGAGACGCGAUCGCAAAUAGUAUGCGAAAAAGGGAGCAAGUUGCGAGCUGUAUUUAUUUAUUGUUAUUUUGAAAUUGUUCAAAAAAAAAAACUGUUGGCGCGCAUAAGAAAAAACGAACAAACAAAUUAAAAUAAGUGAACUUUAAAGAAAAGUGUGAAACAAGAAAUUUUCGCAAAUAAUUUGGAAAUUAAACAACGAACUUGUGAUACUACUGAAGUAGCAGUAAAACAUUGAGCAAUAAAGACGUUUUUUGUUUUACAAAAACCAGUCGAAAUAUUGAACAAAUAUGAGUCGUAAAGUUGGUAAGGCGGCCACGAGCCUGCGGUUGCUCACUGCCUUCGUCCUACUCGGCGCAGUAGCGGCCUUCGAUCACACACUGAAGUAUGACUAUCCGGGUCCGUACUGUGCGGCGCGAAAGAUUUGCUGUCGAAACAGAGAAGAUGGUUGUGCUUUGCCGAUUGCAACCACACUCUGCUAUUGUGAUGAGUUCUGUGAUCGCGAUCAAUCCGCCGACUGUUGUCCCGAUUACCGUUCGUUCUGCCUGAAUGCUCCGGAUCCGAUAAUCCGAUGCCAACACAACGGCAUCUACUUCAACAAAUACAACACCACAACGGACAAUUGCAAUCAGUGUCGCUGUCUCGACGGCGGUGUAGUGGAGUGCGAUCGGGAUCUAUGCCUCACAGAUGACAACUUGGUGAACAAUGUAAAUUCUAUACGUCAAUUGGGCUGGGCGGCACGCAAGUACGAAGAAUGGUGGGGACACAAAUACGCGGAAGGUCUAACAUUGCGUCUGGGUACCAAAGAACCCACAUUCCGUGUUAAGGCAAUGACACGUUUGACUAAUAAGGCUGGCACAUUACCGCGCCAAUUCAACGCUGUGGACCGAUGGUCGAGCUUUAUAAACGACGUGCCAGAUCAAGGCUGGUGCGGUUCAUCUUGGGUGCUUUCGACUGCAUCGGUCGCCUCCGAUCGCUUUGCCAUUCAAUCACAAGGCAAGGAAAUUGUGCAACUGUCGCCACAGAACAUUUUGUCGUGCACACGCAAGCAACAGGGUUGCAAUGGUGGACAUUUGGACGCCGCCUGGCGUUAUCUGCACAAGCAGGGUGUUUUGGAGGAACAAUGCUAUCCAUACACAGGACGUCGCGACACCUGUAAAGUACGUCAUGGUGGCCGUCGUUCGCUCAGCUCAUACGGCUGUCGCCCCUCAUCCAUAUCCGACCGCGACGAAUUUUACACAGUUGGACCAGCCUAUUCGCUUAACAAUGAAACCGAUAUUAUGGCCGAAAUCUUCCAUUCGGGUCCCGUGCAAGCAACCAUGCGCAUAUACCGCGACUUCUUUGCCUACUCGGGUGGUGUCUACCGACACACCGCGGCCAGUCGCAGCAGUCCGACUGGUUUUCACUCGGUGAAAUUGGUCGGUUGGGGUGAGGAACACGAUGGUGUCAAAUAUUGGAUUGCUGCCAACUCCUGGGGUCCCUGGUGGGGUGAGCACGGUUACUUCCGUAUUGCGCGCGGCUUCAACGAAUGCGGUAUUGAGGAAUAUGUCCUAGCCGCUUGGCCCAAUGUGUACAACUACUUCAAGGCCAACCAGAACUGAGAGGCGGAGAGAGAGAGAGUGCCCGAAAGCGUGGCGUGGUACAGCGUGAAAGCGGGCUAAUUAUGGCAAACAAAGAAUUAAGAAAUCUCGUAAACUUUUCCAGUUAAAAUUUGUAAAUUAGACACUAAAAGGAGCAAGAAAGCAGUUUUAGGCGCAAGGCGCAACAUUUUUUUUAACACUGUAUUACAAAAACAAGAAGAAAAAACCCGAAUACAUAAAAUUAGAAUUGAGUGUGAAAAGUUGUUUGCGCUUAGAGGCGUAGACUUUAGUCGCAUGCGGUAGGCUUAAGAAGAAAACUCUAACGGUAUUCAACACUUUUCUAGAUUUAAGUAAAUUUAUUUAACAAUUUUUUUUGUGAUUGCAGAAAGUUUCUUUUUUUUCUUAUUUUCAUGCGCCUUCUAUGUAACUCAAAAAAAAGGAAAACAAAAAAAAAUUGCAAAGCCUUUAAGUUAACAAUUCUUUUUAAAUCUUUAUUUGAAUCUG